AUGAGCCACGGGCCCAGCCCCCGGCUGGCCGAGUCCCCGCAGCUGUCCAAGGGCAGCCUCCUGACCAUCCUGGGCAGUCCGUCGCCGGAGCGCAUGGGGCCCGCCGACUCGCUGCCGCCCACGCCGCCCAGCGGCACGCCCUCCCCGGGGCCGCCGCCCGCACUGCCGCUGCCGCUGCCGCCGGCGCCCGCGCUGCUGGCCGACGGGGACUGGGAGAGCCGCGAGGAGCUGCGGCUGCGGGAGCUGGAGGAGGCGCGCGCGCGGGCGGCGCAGAUGGAGAAGACCAUGCGCUGGUGGUCGGACUGCACGGCCAACUGGCGCGAGAAGUGGAGCAAGGUGCGCGCCGAGCGCAACCGCGCGCGCGAGGAGGUGCGCCAGCUGCGCCAGCGCCUCGACGCGCUCACCAAGGAGCUGGCCGGCGCGCGGCGCGAACGCCAGGAGGCGCAGGGCGAGUGCGAGGCGCGGGGCCGCGAGCUGGCGCGGCUGCGGGGCGCCCGGGGGGCCGCCGACCGCACGCCCGACGGGCCGGAGCCCGAGCCCGACAGGGAGCAGGAGCCGGUGCGCGACGUCGGGUCCGAAGUGCCCCAGGGCAGCCAGGAGCUGGAGCUAGUGGAGAGCCUGCUGAAGAGCAGACCAGAGGAGCCUGAGGGCUGCUGGGAGGCACGCAGCGUGGGGGCCGGGGGCCCACGGGGCAGCUCAGGCCGCCAGGAGCGCAGCCGGCUGCCCUGGGAGGACACGGCCACCAUCGAGGAGGAUGCAUCCAAGUUGACCGCCCUGCGGCUGCGGCUAGAUGAGUCCCAGAAGGUGCUGCUCAAGGAGCGAGAGGAUAAACUGGCACUGAGCAGGAACAUUGAGAAGCUGGAGGGGGAGCUGAGCCAGUGGAAGAUCAAGUAUGAGGAGCUGAACAAGACCAAGCAGGAGAUGCUGAAGCAGCUCAGCAUCCUGAAGGAGGCCCACCAGGACGAGCUGGGUCGCAUGUCCGAAGACCUGGAGGAUGAACUCGGUGCACGGUCCAGCAUGGACAGGAAGAUGGCGGAGCUGAGGGGUGAGAUGGAGCGGCUGCAGGCGGAGAACGCGGCCGAGUGGGGUCGCCGUGAGCGGCUGGAGACCGAGAAGCUGGGCCUGGAACGGGAGAACAAGAAGCUGCGGGCGCAGGUCGGGGACCUGGAGGAGGCACUGGCCCGCCGGCGGAGGCAGACAGCCAGCGCCCUGGACUGUGACCUGCGGGCCAGCCAGGCUGCACUUUUCGAGAAAAACAAGGAGCUGGCCGACCUGAAGCAUGUGCACGGCAAGCUGAAGAAGCAGUUUCAGGAGAAGGUGGCCGAGUUGGCACAUGCCAACCGGCGGGUGGAGCAGCACGAAGCAGAGGUGAAGAAGCUGCGGCUGCGGGUGGAGGAGCUCAAGAAGGAGCUGGCCCAGGCCGAGGAUGAGCUGGAUGAGGCCCACAACCAGGCACGGAAGCUGCAGCGGUCGCUGGACGAGCAGACGGAACAGAGCGAGAACCUACAAGUGCAGCUGGAGCAUCUGCAGUCCAGGCUCCGCAGGCAGCAGCAGAACGCCCCCCUCUUUGGGAAGAUCCGAAGCGCUCGCUUUGGCGCCGAGGAGGCCGGGGACGGAGCCAGCGACCUGGAUGAAGACGAGGACCUGCAGAUCCAGGUGGCCUAG